GCUCUCCUCGCGCGCAGCAUAGGGCCCGCGGCGACGGUGUUAUCGUCCUUGGAAUUCAUACGGAAUUCAUUCUAUGCACGAAGCGUGGCAGUGCAGUCAAACAGUACAGCAGUGGCAAAGAAAGAAAUAAGCCUUGCACUAUAGAGGAGUCCGCAAAUUACACCCAUGUCGCCAUUUCUAUUUUUUUUUUUUCUCCGGCGUCGUGCUGUUAAAACUUGGACUAGCCGCCGUGGUUGCUUCGUGGCUAUGGUGUUGGGCUGCUAAGCACGAGGUCGCGGGAUCAAAUCCCGUCCACAGCGGCCGCAUUUCGAUGUGAACGAAAUGCGAAAACAUCCGCGUACUUAGAUUUAGGUGCCCGUUAAAGAACCCCAGGUGGUCCAGAUUUCCGGAGUCCCCCACUACGGCGUGCCUCAUAAUCAGAUCGUGGUUUUGGCACGCAAAACCCCAUAAUUUAAACUUAGACUGUUUCUGCAAAAUUAUUUAUCCGGCGCCGUCGAACUGAUAUAUACCGUGGUGACGAAACACAUCCAAAUAAAUUACGUGAGAAGGCCGAACUCGACAGAGCUAUCGUCAGGAGGAAAACGCGCUUUCUUUACAAAAAUGCUGCUCAUCACGGAUGUGCAUGGUAUCGACAGGUUAAAAAAAUCGCCACAUGUGUGUUUCUUGUUUUUUCUUUUUUUUUGUAAUCUUCUCAUGCAAUCCGUCAACUAAACCCGCAACUAACGCAUAAACAUACACCUAAUGAUGCCAACAAACCACGUGGACAACGUAAUGUGUUUUUUCUUUUUUUUUUUUUUUUAGCAGUGGCAUACACAUUCUACCAGUCAACUUUUCAGCGCGCACCUGACUUCUGCUGUGUUCGCGCGGAAAGCGGGGUUGCUGACUUCGCGAGCUGAGCCGAUUAUCGCCUCCUCGGCAGCUCCGAACAAACCUCAACUCUCUCGCUAUUUCCUCCUUCAUUUGAAAUUUGCUUUUCUUUCUUUCUUUCUUUUCUUCUCUCUCUCUCUCUCUCUUUUGCUAUGCGUUCCCUAUUGGCUUUGGAGCAAAAGCACGGUGCACACGAGGCCCUCCGUUUCCGAGGAAAAUAGUCCCUUCACCCAUGGUCUGCUCUCACUCCGCCUACUCUCGUGAAGCAACGAUUUCUUUAGGUGGCGUUCACUGCGAAGAAAGUUCAGAACCCUUAGGAAAGGAGCAGCAGUGGCACUGAACCGUUGCGAACUGUUAGGGUUACAGAAAACAGACUUCCUGAUAACCAGUUAUUAUAUCUAUGCAGCAUCAUCGCUAGGAAAAGCAGACACGAGCGCCGCAGACGGCGCUGAUCACCUGACUUCUUGGGAUCAGCGAGCACCGUUGGCCGUACCCGUCAUGAGAUCACCAUGCUCUCGCUGGUGCGCAUCGGGCUCGUCACAGCCGCGUUCCUGCAGCUCCUGGAACCAGCGGCAUCUAGCAGGGAUGACUGCACUCGGACCACCGUGGAAGAGCUUCAAGAACGUCUGGGACCGGCGUUCAACGCGCGCUACAUGUCCAUAGACAAGCCACCGAAGGACGAGGAGCCCACACGCAUCUACGCCCGACACACGGAAUCCGUACUACAGAGCGACGACCCCUACGCCGUCAGCAGCCCGGACAACGCGCAGCUCGACCAGCGGGCACACCCAAGCUUUCGCGUAGACCCGGACUUCGUUCGAGACGUGGCCUCGAGCGCCGGCCACGCGAGUGCGCACGACGGGCCGCAGACCAGAGUGCGGAGGAACGGGGACAUCGUCGACGACGGGGAGUCGCACGGAACGCCGAAGAAACGCCGCAAGUCGUCGUUCCGGCUUCGAAAGACGUCUCCCUGGAAAAGUCUCCGUGAGCGGGACGAAACGUCGGCAGCGCCACGGCGACGCGGCGGUAUCCAGCGUGGAAACUCCCACCGCGGUCGUCGUCACGACGGCGCGAAGAAGCCGUGGGGCUGCGAGUCCCGCAUGGAGUGGCUCGACUUGGGCGAAGACCGCUUCCCGAGGUACCUGCGCACGGUGCGCUGCAUGGGUGAGGCAUGCUGGUUCACGCACUUUCAGUGCAAGGGCCGCGCCUUCACCGUCAACGUUCUCAAGCGCGUCGCCGCCCAGCCAGCGUGCGGAGGCGAAGGACGCACAUCGCCCGAGAACUUGCCCGGCGAUCUUCGCGAGAAAUGGGUCUUCGAAGAGCGUGCGGUCACGUUCUGCUGCGACUGCACCGCAACGAGUGAAGACUGACUUUUCGGCAGCGAGUGUGCGCGCGUUAUGACCAUCUGACAGCGUUGUUUGGAAGACAUGCCGCAAUCAUGACCGUGACACGGGGAUGUGCUUGUGCACGAUGCACUUCCCAAGUGGUACCAUGAUGCUCAUAAAGUCGCCUCUCAAGGUGCAUUGAAAACUA